GCAUUGCAUUCUGGUUCUUGUUGUCCGUUUUGAUCAUUCUCUAUUGUCAUUGUCAUCUUCAUAGCUGCCGAGCUCGCCCUCUGCGCCGUUAUGUCGUCUUUGGGCAGCACUGCCUCACAGACAGCUGAAAAUGGAAACGGAGGAAACAAGAGAACUCCGUGUCCGUUGCACGGCUGCACGCGGGUCUACGCAGAGGUGGGCGCUCUGGAGAGCCACAUCAAGGACCACGAGCUCUCAGCUCAGUCACUUCCUGGAAAGGUCUUGCUCUGCUCCUCGGUCGGCUGCAGUGGUUCCUUCCCCAACAUGCAGAAACUCAUGGAGCAUAUGAGGCAUCAUCACAAACCCAACAUAUUCUUCCUGUGUGAGAGCUGUCGCACAAAGCUGCGAUCCUACCGAGGCCUCCUGACUCACCUGCACACUUGUUCCAAAGUGCCACGGGGGAAGACAAAGCAGACUGAACCGGCGCCCCCUCCGCCUGCUGCUGUGACCAACCAAAACAUCACCCCCACGGCCAUGGACCAGGACCCCCCACGGCUGGACUCAAUGUCUACACCCCAGCAACUACCCUCUCAAAUCCCAAACCCAGACGGUUCCUUCCCUGCCGAUGUUCCUCAGCCAGACUCUGCUGCCCCUCCUCUCCUCGGCCCCCCGUUCUUGUCUGACCUGACCCCCCCUCCCCAGCUUGCUCCUCAACAGCUCACAGAGGCAGCUCCCCAGCUUCAGCUCAGCAAUGAAGCCUCUGAUCUGCCUCCAUCUCUGAACCUGGAUGGCCCAGCAGGAGCUCCUGUCCUCCCCGAGGGCCAAGGUGAGCACCAGACCCAGAUCAGGUCUCCUCAGUCUGUCCACCCUGCUCCAGUAUUGGGUCCUUCUGCUCCAGGUUCCUCAGCUGUCUGGAAGAAGAAUCAAGGUAUGGCCUGCAACAGACGCAUCCUUUGGGAGCACACUAAAGGGCGCUACACAUGUAUCCAGUGUGGCUACACAGUAACCAACCGUAAGGACAUGACUCAACACAUCAACACUCAACACAGCGGCAACAAACCUGCAGAAGACACAGGAAGCUCGGCCACUAGCUCAUAGUGUGGGAGCAGGAGCACUCAUUUACUGAACAAGAUGCAUUUUAGAAGCAUAGUCCUCAGGAUUUCAUCUGUUGUUUCUGUCAGGGGUUUAACCAAAUACUGAGCGAUGGUUCAUGUGGAACACCUUUACUCUGGGUGAAGUGCAGAGCAGUGAGUGAGCAAUGUGUUUUUGCAUAUUGCUCCCAGGCACACGUACAAAGACUUUUCAUUAAAUAUCAGACAAUUUGGACAAGUGUGUGUAUAGAAUGAUUUUGUGUCCAACAAACCUUUGUUCUGUAGACAUGUCUGAUUGUGACCUUGCCUGAACGUUUGUGAUACCUUAAUAAAUUAAUGACUAGUUA